AUGGCCGUGGCCUUUAUGUUAGCUCAUCCCUAUGGAUUUGCCAAAGUAAUGAGUUCGUUUGAUUUUAAUGAUACCAAUGCUGGACCACCGAACGAUUCUCAAAUGGCCACAAAUUUAUAACAUGGUUGCCUUCCGAAAUGUCGUUGCUGAUGCAGCCAUUACCAACUGGUGGACCAAUGAUGAUGAUCAGGUAGCAUUUUCAAGGGGCAAUAAAGGAUUCGUAGCUUUUAAUAACGGAAAUACAGCUUUGCGACGUUGGUUGACCACGGGAUUAUCAGCCGGACGGUAUUGUGACGUUAUUUCCGGAAUGCUCAGCGGUGGACGCUGUACCGGGAAGACCAUUGACGUUAACGAGAACAGCCUGGCACUUAUUGAGAUACUUCCAAAUGACCUUGAUGGAGUUGUUGCGAUUUAUGGCAAGAAAACAAUCAUCCAAAGUCCAAUAACAAUUAAACGUAAACAAGUGUUUUCGAGAGCACAAAAUAAAAGGAAAAGAAGAUUCUAAGAUCGGCGUUCAAAGAUCCAUCGAUUAAUAUGAAAAAAAAGAAAAAU